AUGCCCUUAAUUCGUACUAAUCGUUUCAAUAAUCAAGUAAUUUUCUUCAAUACCAAGAUUCUUUUCACAAAUUCCCUUUUACAUUUUCGUUUAAAGUCAACAAAUCAUCCUAACGAAAAUUCUAUAAUUUUAGAAAAGCAAGAAGGUAAUGAAAAUAAAUCAUCAGCAUCAUUAAAUACAAUUCUCAAAAAUUCCUUUGUAAAAGAAAAUGAUAUACCAUGGACGGGAGAAGAAGAUAUCAAAACAACGGUAUUAAGGAUGAUAGUAGAUAAAUAUCCUCCAUUAAAGUUAAAAAGAAAUUCCAUUAAAGAAUUUAACAGUUCAUCAGAAAAAUUCAAAGCAAAUUUGCCUUCUCUCCCUAUAAGUAAAUUACCUUCCACUACCCUUCCUGAUUCACCUUCAAAUAGCGUAAUCUCAAAUAAAAGAUCAGCUACGGUAUCAAAAAACGAGAAACUUGAAAAAAUUCGAGAGGCUAAACAAUCUCGUUUACUAAUUGCAAAAGACGCUGCAACAGAUUAUUCAAUUAAUAAAAAACUUGGCGUAAAAUCUGAAAGUGAACAACCAAAGGUCGUACCAAAAAGUAUUUCUGGUUGGAAUAAUUUAGUGGAGAGUCGUAUUCAAGAGGCUAUGGCUGCUGGUGAAUUUAGAAAUCUUCCUUAUCGUGGUAAACCUUUACCAUCGGAUCCAAAUGAAAGGAAUCCUUAUUUGGAUCGUACGGAAUUCUUCAUGAAUAGGCUUGUGCAAAGACAAGGUUCAGUGCCGGCAUGGAUAGAAUAUCAAAAAGAUGUGGAUAGAGAAAUUUCUCUAUUUCGUCAACGCUUGAGAGAAAGUUGGAUCCGCUACGCAAGCAUUAAUAAUAUCGAUUCAAACAGUCGAAAUAUUCCUUGGGAAAAAAGAGAAUUAUCAUAUUAUGAGAAAGCUAUUAAUAAGUUAAACAGUAGGUUACGUUCUUAUAAUACAAUUGCUCCUUAUGCUGUUCGACGUGGUUAUUUAAACCUUGAAUUGGAAUUUAAAAGAAUAUAUCAGGAUGUAAAAAAAAAUAUUAAUGAUCAUAAAGCAAAAGUUUUGGAGAAAGAUGAUUGUUUAUCAUUUGAUGAUAAAAUUGAGUCUAAAGAUGAUGAUAAUUUGUGGAAACAUUUGGCUAAGAUUAUUAAAUGGUGGAUUGGGAAAUAA